GGUUCUGGUCUCGGGGACCAGGCUGCUUUCAGGCGGCAGGGGGGCAGCGCGUCUGCCCCUGUUCAACCUUGUAAGGAUGAUUCCUAAAAAACAAAAUGAUUCCUAAAAAACAAAAUGAUUCCUAAAAAACAAAAGCUGUACUUGAUUCCUCAAAAAAAAAGGCAGCAGUCGGUUCCGCCAGCGCUGGCGUGGGAUUGGGUGUUUAAGAUGAGGGCUGUAGGCGGCGGCGGCGCGGCGCUUGGUGGCCGCCUCCUCGCCUACCUCUGUGACCAGGGCGCCACCGUACCGGACUGGGCCGUCUGCCGCGUGCCGGCCGGCCGUACCGCCGUCCUGGCGCAACUGCGCGACGAGUUCACUGGCUGGUGGCGCCUAUACUCAGCCCAGCCUGCAGACACGCCCCUGCCUUCCGACGUGACGGAGCAGCUGGAUGACGCCGCGCAGCAGGUGCAGACGGCCUACAUGGACUACGUGCUCCUGGACGCCCGCACCCUGCGGUCCGCUACGUGUGGACAGGAGGACCCCGGCGGUGCCGGCGGGCCCAGCCGCCGGCAACGCCAGCACCGCAGCCGCAGUACCUCCAGCCUCAUGAGCCUGGGCAGCGCUCCAUUGCGCCCCGGCGGCGCCAGCUCAGGCGCCGCUAGCAUGAGCACCAGCUGCGGCGGCUCACCCACGAACGAAAGGUAAUUGCCCUUAGUGGCAAUUGUGGGCUUGUGCCCGCUGCAACCUAGAAAGGUCGUGGUGCAGAAGUCCGAUUUAGUGGCGAGGUCCAAGGUUCAAGACAAGGCUCAAGAUCCAAGGCUCGAGGAGGAGCGCCAUGGCUCCUCGGUUUGCACGAACUGGCAGUGCUCCACUACUAUAACGCGGCAUUUCCCUAGCACGAUAUGUUAGGUGUGCAGGCUCGGAUGUAGUGGACUUUGAAGAGCGGCCUAGGACUUGGAGGUUGUAGUUUCGGAGGUUGUGACUCUUUCGUGGUGAGGCGUCAGCGUGAGGGGGGCGGGCCCCCUUGCCCUAGUCACCUUGCCCCGUUAAUCCAUGCCAGGCCCUAUGGGCCGGUGUUGUAAUUAUUAUUAUUC